AUGGCCGCCUUCGAUAUGGAGGACCCGAUGGCCGUUGUUUCUCCAGGCGGAGUCGGCUUCGACAUCAACUGUGGCGUCCGUCUUCUGCGCACCAAUCUCACUCUCAAGGACGUUCUGCCCGUCAAAGAACAGUUGACGCAGGCCCUGUUUGACCACAUCCCCGUGGGAGUCGGCUCGAAGGGUGUUAUACCCAUGAGUUCCCAGGCUCUCGAUGAGGCUCUUGAGAUGGGCAUGGACUGGUCCUUGCGACAAGGCUAUGUUUGGACGGACGACAAAGAGCACUGUGAGGAGUACGGCAGGAUGCUACAGGCGGAUCCCUCCAAGGUGUCUGUUAGAGCGAAAAAGCGUGGUCUACCGCAACUGGGCACACUUGGCGCCGGCAAUCAUUAUGCCGAAAUUCAGGUUGUCGAAGAGAUUUUCGAUCGUCAUGCCGCCUCCAAGAUGGGCAUUGAUCAGCUGAACCAGGUGGUGUUGAUGAUUCACUGCGGCAGUCGUGGAAUGGGACAUCAGGUGGCGACUGACGCGCUGGUAGAAAUGGAACGCGCAAUGAAGCGGGAUAAAAUAGAGGUCAAUGAUCGUCAGCUUGCCUGCGCCCGAAUCAACUCCGUUGAGGGUCAGAACUACCUCUCAGCAAUGUCUGCGGCGGCCAACUAUGCCUGGGUUAAUCGGUCUUCCAUGACAUUCCUCACACGACAGGCGUUUGCCAAGAUAUUUAAUUCUACUCCUGACGAUUUGGAUAUGCAUAUUAUCUAUGAUGUAUCGCACAACAUUGCUAAAGUCGAGGAGCACUGGGUGGAUGGGCGGCCUCGAACGCUGCUGGUUCACCGUAAGGGUUCUACUCGCGCCUUUCCGCCCCAUCACCCGCUCAUUCCCGUUGACUACCAGGCAAGUCGAUUGGACUACUGGCUUACGCUAGCGCUGAUCUGGUCUGGUCUUUCUAGCAUGCUUACUCCUUCCCACGCCCCAUCCCCAUCCAGCCAUGCUUGCCAAUACGCAAACAGCUUGACUGGCCAACCCGUUUUGAUUGGCGGCACGAUGGGCACCUGCAGUUAUGUUCUGACAGGGACCGAAAAAGCAAUGACAGAAACCUUCGGUUCAACAUGUCAUGGCGCUGGAAGGGCACUCUCACGAGCUAAGUCCAGAAGAACGCUCGACUACAGUGAGGUAUUGGACCAGCUUUCUGCCAAGGGCAUAUCAAUCCGUGUUGCUUCUCCGAAACUGGUCAUGGAAGAAGCUCCGGAGUCCUACAAGAAUGUAACGGAUGUAGUCAACACAUGUCAUGCCGCGGGUAUAAGCAAGAAAGUGAUAAAACUCCGUCCAAUCGGCGUCAUCAAGGGUUAG